AUACGUGGCGCGGCCAGCUGCGGCUGCACGGGCGGUGGGGCAAGAUGGCUGCGGAACAUAGUCUGUGGGUCUUUGGGCUCUGGCCCGGAGCAGGGGUGGGUCGGGUGGUGCGGACCCUCCUGCUGCUGCUGUGGUUUGCGGCUCGCGGAGGCACGCUCUACUUCCACAUCGGGGAGACGGAGAAGAAGUGCUUUAUUGAGGAGAUUCCGGACGAGACCAUGGUUAUAGGAAACUACCGGACACAGCUGUAUGAUAAGCAGCGGGAGGAGUACCAGCCGGCCACCCCCGGGCUUGGCAUGUUCGUGGAGGUGAAGGACCCAGAAGACAAGGUCAUCCUGGCCCGGCAGUAUGGCUCUGAAGGCAGGUUCACUUUCACAUCCCAUACCCCUGGUGAACACCAGAUCUGUCUUCACUCCAAUUCUACCAAGUUCUCCCUUUUUGCUGGAGGCAUGCUGAGAGUUCAUCUGGACAUCCAGGUGGGUGAACAUGCCAAUGACUAUGCAGAAAUUGCCGCCAAAGACAAGUUGAGUGAGUUGCAGCUACGAGUGCGACAGCUGGUGGAGCAGGUGGAGCAGAUCCAGAAGGAGCAAAACUACCAGCGCUGGCGAGAGGAGCGCUUCCGGCAGACCAGCGAGAGCACCAACCAGCGGGUGCUGUGGUGGUCCAUUCUGCAGACCCUCAUCCUCGUAGCCAUCGGCGUUUGGCAGAUGCGACAUCUCAAGAGCUUCUUUGAAGCCAAGAAACUGGUGUAGCCAUCCUUCCUCCUAGGCUGGGGGAGAAAGGGCCUCCUGGAACUGAUUUCUCUCUGGCAGGAGGACUGGUUCCCAGCCAUGGAUAUUCUGGAGGGGAGAGGGGCCACAGGCACCCCAGGCACAAGCUGAGGGCAGCACCUCGGCUGGCAAAUACUGAGUAGGUGGUGGGGCAAAUGACUGUCCUCACCCCUGGGCUCUGGGCCCUUUGCAGUAAUCUAGGGGCUGGUGAAGCCACUGGGAGCCCCACUGACACCUGAGAAUCACAGUGUUACUGAACAGGGAUGUGAGGCUGUUGUCUGGGAUGGCUGGGGGGAGGGGAGUGGGUGGGCAAGCAAGUCUUCCUUUUGUCUUCCUUUGCUAACUUGGGAUUUUGAGCAGGUUGGGAUGCAGCUGUGAUUUCCUGCCACCCUAGGAACCUCACUGUUGCCUCCUUGGGUCUAGACCCAGCCUGCUGAUCCGGGGUGGGUUGUCAAUUGAGGGUGGGUGGAGGGGGUUGCAGUAUGGGAAAGUGGCCCUGAGGUUGACCCUGGGUUCUUCACAUGGUUGUCUUUUUAGAGACUUGUACUGGGGUCAGGGCAAGCAGAGGUCUUGGUGCUGGCUGGGGACGGCGCCUGCAGUCUUAGUUACUGAUUUCAUUUUCAAUAAGCCUAGGUUUGUUACAUUGGUUUCCAAAUUAAACAACAACAAAAAAGUAGA